UCCAUCAUUCAUUCAAAAAAAAAUUGUUCUUGAUUUCUUUUUUUCGAAGGAAAUUAGAAAAAUUUCGAAUAUUCCAUUCGGAAUCACAACUAAAAUGGGACAAAUAAAUUAAAAAUGCUCUUUUAAUUUAAGCAUCUUACGUAAACAUCGCAACACGAUGGUUUACGAAUCUAUACCUCGUACUGUCCGCAUCUUGCUGCUGGGAGAGCCUGGAGUUGGAAAAACUUCGCUGAUCUUGUCUUUAGUGACUGAAGAGUUUACAGAACAUGUGCCGCCAAAAGCCGAAGAAAUCACAAUACCAGCAGAUGUUACCCCGGAGCAAGUGCCUACUAACAUUGUCGACAUUUGUGUGGCAGAACAAUCAUUGGAGCAAGUGGGGGAGGAAAUAGAGAAAGCCCAUGUGAUAUGCAUUGUGUUCUCUGUAGAAAAACAAGAGACACUCAGCAAAAUAGCUUCUUAUUGGCUGCCGUUUGUGAGGGAUAACUGCCACAAUGACCUCAGGAAACCAGUUAUUCUCGUUGGAAACAAGAUAGACCUGAUUGAUUACUCAGUACUUGAUAAUAUUUGGGAUAUAGCAGAAGAGUAUCCAGAGGUGGACAGAUGUAUAGAAUGUUCAGCAAAAACACUAACAAAUGUUUCAGAGAUGUUUUACAAUGCACAAAAAGCUGUCUUGCAUCCUAUCAAUCCAAUUUAUUCCAUUGAAGAACAAGAGUUGACAGAAAAGUGCAAGAGAGCACUUUCAAGGAUAUUCAAAAUUUGUGACUUGGAUGGAGACGGAGUUCUGGAUGAUUAUGAAGUAACAAUAUUUCAAAGGAAGUGCUUUGAUACACCACUGCAAUUACAGGUUUUAGAUGAGGUAAAAUCUGUAAUUGCACAGAACAUACCUGGUGGGAUUGAGAAUGAGUGUAUUACUAUGAAGGGUUUCAUAUUCCUGCACUGUUUGUUCAUACAAAGGGGGAGGAAUGAGACCACUUGGACUGUACUUCGCAAGUUCGGGUAUGACGAGAGCUUGGAAUUGACGCAUAGUUACUUAUAUGCUAACAUUAAGGUGCCUAUUGGCUGUACUGCAGAACUAUCCUACAAAGGACAACAAUUUCUCACCCAGAUAUUUGAGAAGUAUGACAGAGAUAAAGAUGGCAUGCUGAAUCCUACUGAAUUGAAGAAUGUAUUCUCUUGCUGUCCUCGAAUACCAUGGCAUAACUUACGCUACACUGUUCCAACCAAUGAAAAGGGUUAUUUGACAUUACAAGGAUGGAUGUGCCGAUGGACCUUAAUGACUCUAACUGACUUGCAAAAUACCAGUGCCUACUUAGCCUAUUUGGGCUUUAACUUUCUUGAAAAUGAGUCACAAAAGAUAGCAUUUCAUAUAACGCGGGAGAAGAAGGUGGACAUUGCCAAGAAGCAGUCGAGCCGGAACGUGUAUCAGUGCCACGUCAUCGGCCCGAGGUCGUGCGGCAAGACGUCUAUUUGUCGGAGCUUUCUCGGGAUCGCACACAAGAAAAUAAAGCCACAUUCGCAAGAGCGCGGCGACGGCAACGUGUCGGAGAAUUGUUGCAUCAACACAGUGCAGGUGUACGGGCAGGAGAAGUACUUGGUGUUGAAGGAGAUCCCCAUCACCCGCGUGUCGGACCCGCUGCAGCCGCACGAGGUCAACUGCGAUGUCGCCUGUCUCGUCUACGACGUCGCUGCCAGCCGGUCCUUCGAGUACAUCGCCAGGAUUUAUAUUAAAUAUUUCGCGGAAAGCCACAUUCCCGUGCUGAUCGUGGGCACAAAAGGCGACGCUCUGCCGACCCGCCAGGAGUACAUCCUGCAGCCCGAGGUGUUCUGUAGCAAGUACCAGCUACUGCCGCCGCAGCUCUUCCACAUCCGCGAGAACAAGCACGAUGCCUUCGUCAAGCUUGCCACCAUGGCUGCCUUUCCACACUUGAAGCAUUUCGCGAGUCUGGCCGGAGACAACUCCUCGUGGUGGAAGGCGGGCAUCGGCGUGGCGGCUGCUACCGUUAUGGGGCUCGUGCUCAUCAAGAUCCUCAGCUUCCAAAGACGAUAGACCGGACCCCGCCCUCGCAUUUCGCGCGCCGUUUUGCCUUGUACAUAGCGUACUGCUAAGACGCUCGUGGCCACCAAACGUAGUCUGCAAUGGAGAUGACAGCUUUAUUUUUAAUACGUAGGUAUAUAAUGAUGGCGGGUACACAACUCGGUACGUCGUCACCUGUUACUUAUCUAGUUGUGAAGAGUAGAUUUUAACAGUAUUCUUAGCGUUAUUGGUGGCUUUAAGCGUCUUAUCUAGAUUCACAAACAUAAAUAAAUCUAUUAAUUAUAAACCAAAGAAGAAAAUAUAUUUAAUAUUUUGUUUUUCAGUUGUAAAUAAAAUACAUUGCGUUAA